AUGGUUGCCGAUACUUUAGUUUACCACCCUACUGUUACCAAGUUGAUCACCUUCUUGGACUCUACUCCAAAGAGAGAGAAGUCAUUCCGUCUUGUCGCAUAUCUCUCUAGAUUCCUUUCAUACUACUUGCAAAGACAAGGAUUUUCGCCAGAAUUGGUCAAGGUGUUCAAGGACCUCAAGACUCAUGUGACUAUGAUAAGAAAGGGAAUGAGAUUCCUUAAGCCUUUAAACCAUCUCCAGGCUGCUUCUAAGGCCUUUGAUAACAAGCUUAUCGACCCAAUUUUGAAAAAUACCACAGUCCUUAGAAACUUGGGUUAUGCUGGUUAUCUUUCUCUUGACUCCCUCACCUGGUUCAAGAUGUUGGGAUUGGUUGACAAAAAGAGAUUCCCAACUGUCUCCACCUGGGCAUCAAGAUGUUGGGCCCUCGGUUUAAUUGCUGGUCUUGUCAAUUCCUUGAGAUUGUUGCUGAUCAAUAGCUCUAAGCUCGAAUCUGCCUCAUCCUCUUCUGCUGAUUCUGAAAAGCCUGUAGAUGUCAAGGCCAUUCAAGUAAAGAUCUACCAAGCCAAGAGAAAGUUGAUCUGGGACGCCCUCGACUUAUUUGUCGCCUUGAACACCUUGGACAUCUUACACUUUACCGAAGGUGACGUUGGUUUGGCUGGUACUAUUACCUCCAUUAUGGGCUUGAAGGAUCAAUGGGUAGGAACCAAAUAA